UUCCUUCGAACGUCUCGUACUGUUGAGAAAUACAGGAGGAGAAGGAGCUGUCAAACGUGCAAGUAAAGAUAAGCUUUCAGUUGACGCCACCUCACAGUUUUAAUGUAAAGUUAGUUGGAUUUUAUGCAUAAUUAGUAUGGACUGACACGUUUUCAUACAUUCGGUGGGGAAGAAUGAAGACGAGUUUAACAAAUACCAUGUCUACACUGUUUCAAAUCUGGAUCAUUUUCACCUCUUUGGUCUCCUAUGCGUUGCCGGAAAAGAAAGUGUGCCAGGGCGUCACUAACCGGUUCAGCCUGCUUGGGUCAAAAGAGGACCACUACCUGAACAUGGUCAAGACCUACAGCAACUGCACCGUGGUCCUGGAGAACCUGGAGGUCACAUACAUGGAGGACGACCAUGAUCUGUCUUUCCUCAGGUCCAUCCAGGAGGUGGGUGGCUACGUUCUGAUCGCCCUCAACACAGCCAACAGGAUUCCCCUGGACAACCUGCGCAUCAUCCGGGGCCACACUCUCUAUGACAGUGGCUUUGCCUUGGUUGUGGUGCUGAACUAUAACAAGUCCAUGCGAGCAGGCACCACUGAGCUGCCUCUGACCAGCCUCACAGAGAUCCUGAAAGGAGGAGUGAAGUUCUCAGACAACCAGCUGUGUAACGUGGAGACCAUCCAGUGGUUGGACAUUGUAAACAGUAACAGCAAACCCAACAUGCAGUUACCUGAACACAGCAACAAUCGGCUCUGUAAGGAGCUCCUGUUAGAACACAAACAUUGUGUCACAUAAAUGUACCUACCAUAAUCCCAUUCAAGGUUUUGUGUUUUUAUACACCCUUGAGGCUAGACUGGUUCAUG